AUAUUCCCAUGGCUAAUCACAAAGUUCUUAGUGUUUUUGCCUUUGUGUUACUGGGUUUAGGCAUUUGUUCUGCAACUAGAGCCCUCCUCACUCUUGAAGGAGCUGGCCACAGUCCUGGAAUUGGGCAUGAGGUUGGUGUUGGGUAUGGUGGUAAUGUUGGUGGAGGUUAUGGUGGUGGAGGAGGUGCAGGUGGUGGCUCUGGAUAUGGAGCUGUAGGGGACCACGGUGUUGUUGGCUAUGGAAGUGGUGGUGGUAGUGGAGAAGGUAGUGGAGCGGGCUAUGGAGCUGCUGGUGGACAUGGUGGAGGAUAUGGAAGUGGUGGUGGUGGUGGAGCUAGUUAUGGCACAGGAGGCGCUGGAUACGGAUCUGGUGGUGGUGAAGGAGGUGGUGCUGGAUAUGGAGCUGGCGGAGAACAUGGGGCAGGAUAUGGUGGUGGUGGAGGAAAAGGUGGUGGCGGUGGUGUUGGGUAUGGUGCAGGGGGAGAGCAUGGUAUUGGUUACGGAGGUGGUGAAGGAGGUGGUGCUGGAUAUGGAGGUGGUGGAGAACAUGGGGCAGGAUAUGGUGCUGGUGGUGGAGGAGGAAAAGGUGGUGGUGGUGGAUAUGGUGCAGGAGGAGACCAUGGUGCUGGUUAUGGAGGUGGUGAAGGAGGAGGCCACGGUGGCGGCUAUGGUGCUGGAGGAGAACAUGGUCCUGGCGUUGGAGGUGGUGGUGGUAGUGGUGGCGGUGGCGGUGGUGGAACAGGAUACGAUGCUAGUGGAGUACAUGGAGGUGGAUAUGGAAGUGGUGGGGGAUCUGGUGGAGGUAUCGGUGCUGGAGGCUAUGGUGGUGGGGGUGGAGGUGGUUCUGGUGGUGGUGGCGGCUAUGGUGCUGGAGGUGAACAUGGGGUAGGAUAUGGAGGAGGCAGCGGUAGUGGCGAAGGUGGUGGUGGUUAUGGAAGCGGAGCAGGAAGCGGUGCUGGUAGCGGCUAUGGUGCUGGGGGAGACCAUGGUGCGGGUGGAGGAGGCGGCGGUGGGAGUGGUGGUGGUGGCGGUGGAGGUGCUGGUGCAGGAGGAGCACAUGGAGGUGGGUAUGGUAGUGGUGAAGGAGCUGGUGGAGGCUAUGGUGGUGGAGCUGCUGCUGGUCAUGUUGGUGGUGGCGGCGGCGGCUCUGGUGGUGGCGGUGGCGGUGGUGCAGGGGGUGCAAAUGGUGGAUAUGGAGCAGGUAGUGGGAGUGGAGAGGGUGGUGGACAUGGUGGCUACAUCCCUUAAAAAUUCCUUGUCACUACAUAAUUUGCUAAGACGAAUUAAUGUGUCUUCUUACGUUCUCUAAUAUGAGCAAAAAAUAAGAUUAGUAUUGAUAAGAGGAUGCUUAUAAUAUCUAAGUAUUGUAUGAAUGCCAGAGAGAUGCACUCAAAGGCUGUAUCUAAUUCUAAUCAUGAAUAUGCAGUCUUCUUUUUUCUG